GACAAAUAGCUUUUUAGCCACGAUAUCUUCUAAGAAUGUCGACGAAUGCGAGCACCUAUACCUUUAAUAAUUAUAGCAAUUUUAUGGAGAACGUGAGCUGUUUGCUCGUGAUGGAUCUCCAUUUUACGCAUCGUUGUCACAUGGCUAAACAUAUCUCGGACUGCAGAUAUAUUACCUAUUUGUUUAACUAUUACGUGAUGAUGUACUGUACCUUCGAAAUCAACAAUAAGAUGACUGAAAUAUCGGUGAUGUUGCUGUUUGCACUGAUCUACUGCAUUUUCCUGUGCAUCCUCUACAAAUGCGUCAACAACUACCUAACAUCAACGCUCAAGAUCGCUGCUCAAAAGUUUCGGAUAAACGAGUACAUGGCGGGCGUAAUGCUCGUGGGCGUGGCUAAUUCAACUCCCGAUCUUCUGGUCAACCGUUCGCCAGUCAGAGAUACGUCCCUAGCCUUCAACACGGCCAUGGCCAACGCCCUAACUGUCAUUUGCUUGAGCGGAGGAGCGGUGUGCUUCAUUCGUCCUUUCAGGAUGAAUGGUACAAGUGUCUUCCGGGAUCUUCUCUUUCUCUUGCUCGCCAUAGAGUUGGUACGACUUAUAAUAGCUGAUAUUUCCUACAAGCCAUGGGUAAAGGGUGCUUUGUUUAUUGGUAUAUACCCACUAUACCUGCUUAUCAAUAUAGGCGAUGUCCUUCUUCAACGACACACAAUAAAAAAACUGCGAAAGGAAAUUGAACACAUGAGGCACAUACCAUCAUCCCAUCGCCACGAUCGCGAAUUGGCUGACAAAAUUAUUCUUUUAAAUGGUCUGGAGGAGGACGAUGAGAUCCAAAUCUUUGAAUCGAAAGUAUUUCACAAGAGAUCUUUUGACGCAGGGUUUUUUGUCACACCCAAGCCACUUAUUCGACACAAGGGAGUCGACGCGGAAACCAACCGAACCAUUCUCCACAGCAAGUCGAAUCCAAAGAAUCUUUUCCUAUUCCGCGACUUUUUCCAUACGAUCAAUCCCAUUAACUCAGAGCAGUGGGCCGUCAGUGGUAGAUGUUCACGUAUUGCACUAGUCGUCACAGCCCCAGUUAGUUUCAUGCUAAAGUUGCUCAUCCCAUUUGUGGACAUCACAAAGGCCAAGCAUGGAUGGAGCAAGUUAUUGAACUGCCUUCAACUCAUAUUAACCCCUUUUGUGAUCAUAACACUAGUUGAAACUAGUGUAACCGACAACUACAAGGAUUGGUAUAACCUACCCAAGUUCACAAUGGCUUUUUGGUCCUUAUUGGUAACGACACCCUUGGCCAUUAUUGUAUUUUUGCACUCUCGCACUGACAUCCCGCCGUUCUACCAUAUGGGUUAUUGCGUGCUUACUCUAUGUGUCGUGAUUAUUCUCACGUGGAUUUGUGCCUGGGAAAUGGAUGUACUGAUAUCCAUAAUUGGCAUUGUCUUUAAGCUGACGCCUCCCUUUAUGACCAUCACCUUCAACACGAUGUCUUCUGCAAUGGCAGACUUUAUAUCCUACUUGCAUCUCGCCGAACACGGCUAUGGAAAAAUGGCCUUUGGCGCCAUAAUUGGCGGUUCAGUUUUCAACAUCGUUGUCAACAUUGCCGCCGAAUUGAUGCUGGCGAAAACGUUCAACCACCACGGUCAAAAGGAAAUCUUUGGGAAUGAGGGCUUCACCAUCUACUUGUUCCUGGUGAUAACCAUUAUAACCACCAUGUGGUGGUGCCUGACCUUCGACUUCGUUGCGCGUCGAUCCGCUGGAGUGUUCCUGUGGUGCAUCUUCAUACUGUUUAUCAUUUACUCGACUGCCAUUGAAUUUCGGUGGAUCCAUGGUUUCGAAGACAAUGUGCACAUUGAGGUGGUUCAAAUAACUCAAAGCUGA